GAUCCUGUGUCUGGGGCCAGCAUCUGGUACAGCCGGGUUCUGUGCUGCUAUGCAUGGCAGUGGAGAGCCAGCCCUGUGGACCUUUUCCGCAACUAACCUUGGUGGACACCUUGUCUCCUCUACCCCAUCCUAAGGUCAAAACAUAACUGUUUUGAGUUCCUGGGAGGAAAGGGCAAAGGAUUCAGUUCCCAGAGAGAAGAAAGCAGGUCACCACUGAAGAACAUCUAAGUUUUGUUUGACAGAGCUCUUUGUCCCCAGCUCCGCAGCCUUAGGUCCCUGUCCAUGUCCCAGUUUACCCCAUUUUAGAAAGCUGCUGUUCCAUGGGAGCCACCCCUUUCUGUCUCUGGUUCCCAAGCUGAUAGUCUGAUGGUCAGCCGCCAGGGGGCGCAGCGCAUUCACACUCCCUCCGCAGCCUGCCCUGCCUCCUCAGCCGGGGACCUUGGACCAGGCUGUGGGGCAACCCUCAGGCAAGACCAGAAGGGCUGGUUUGCUGCUGCCAAGGCCUUGUCCUUUGUCUUCCCACCCACAACCAUCCCGACUGCUGCUCCAUUACUCCAUUACUGUAGGUGUCGGCCUCCUCCUCCUGCUGACCUGGUUUUGCAUCGGACACUUCCAGAGGGGAGGGAGGGGAUCUCUGCUCUUAGGCUCAGCCUGCCAGGCCACUGAAUGCUGCUGCAGGCUCAGUGUGGUGGUGUGGCCUUGGGAUUCAACUUAAUUUGCUUGAAGUAGAAACUGAAGACAAAAGGCGCUUGCUUUUUCAUGAAAAACAGGAAGGGAUGCCCAUGCCUCUACCUCCAGCUCAUCUGUCUGGUGCCAGAACAUCUCGGGAGGGACAGUCAGAGCACACUCUAACCUAACCUCACAGAUUCUUAAAGCUGGGGUCCUGGGAAUCCCCUGUCAUGCUGCAAGGGUUGCAGACUGGUAGGUGGCAGCUAUGGCUUUGUCAAGGGCAGUACCACCUGCAGGCCACCACCAUCAGGUAGAGACCAGCCGGUGCCAGGUACCCCAGCAGCAGCUUGGGGAGCAAGAGUAGCCGCUAGGUGGUGUGUGUGGCAGACUCAGCCAGGACAAGAACAUCAGGCCCAGGUCCACCCACACCUAUGUGAGGCUGCAGGAAUGGUCCACCCAUCCCAUGGCACAGCACAAGAGCCACCGCCUCCACUGCUGCUGACAUUGUUUUCCGGGAGGCAGUUCCUAGAGCGGCUGCACCGUGACCUCCUGCACCAGUUGGCCAUGGUGUUACUCUGUGCUGUCAAGCAGCUUGGGGCUCAGCGAGCCCGCCGAUCCAACUUUGGUUCUCUCUCUCGCCUUACAAUUCUUCAGCCAUCCAGAUGGGCUCCUAGGAGGUGCCCGGUAGGUGCAGCAGCCUCUUAGGGUGCAUGUGUGCCAGACUGGGCCCAAUAGUCUUUGGGCUCCUGUGACAAGCUGUAAGGCAUUGGAAGACCAGAGGAACAGCUGUGGAUCAACCAUAAGCCUUCUUGCUGAGUCCAGGGCCUGCUCCCAGGACACACUGUCCUUGUCCUCUGUAUCCAGCACGAGGGUUCAAGAUGGAGGCUGGCAGGGGGGAGGGGAGCAGGUGAUGGUAAGGACACCCUGGCCUGGAGCUCUAGCCAUGAUGGUCUGUCCUUCCUUCCUCUACUUGCCCUGGUACUCUGGAGCCCAACCCCAGGGAAGGAGGGGUCUGGAGGCCAGGUCAGUGGGCGUUUCCAAGGGGUUAAGAGAGGUCAUGGAAUUCAUCUGGGUCUGGGACUCAGGUAUGGAUAUGUGGGUUUGAAUAUGUGGGUUCACACUUCCGGAAGCCUUACUGCAUUGUCACCCAAGAUUUUAAAAAUCUCACACCAAGUCUAGAGACCUACAAGUGACCUGUGCAGGGAUCCCAAGAUCCCACCUUUCUGAUCCCGAGCUCCGAUGGUUCUGAAAAUCAGCUUUGUAGCUUCUAGGUCCGAUUCCUAAUAGCUUCGAUCCAGUGAGUCUCUGCAUGUGGGGUUGGCGACACUAGAGGGCCCCCUCAAGCCCUGGUAACUACACGGGGACCUCUCACAGGAACUGACCCUCCUAGCUCCGUGGAACCUCACACCCUUCUCUGAUGUACACUCCUCUCCCCUUCCCAAUUCGCUGCAUACUAGCUUCUGCCCUGCAUACAGUUGUCCAAGGUCCAACUUCUUGGUUGCAAAGUCUAGUGUCCCUCAGCUGCUCUACCCCUGGAAGUGGUCUGGCCAUAGACCGCUCCUCCAAGGUCUCAAGCCAGCCACCCAGCAACCUCUGGUGCCUGCCUGGGCUCUCAAGUGGACUAAGACCUCUCCGUUCUUUUUGGUUGUUGUUCAUUUUGCUUUUGAGACAGGGUUUCUCUGUGUAGCCUUGGCUGUUCUGAACUCGCUCUGUAGACCAGGCUGGCCCCAAACUCGCAGCUAUCUGCCUGCCUCUGCCUCCCAGAGUUCUGGGAUUAUAGGCAUGUGCCAUCACUCCUGGCUCCUCUCUGUUCUUUUAACUUUAGCAGUAACUAUUUACAAAAUGUAAAGGUGCAGGUCAUGGUCUCCCUCUAGAACCUUCUCUAGCUUCCCCAUGGUUUUCAGGUUAAACCAAGACCUGGUUUCCAGUAGAUGAAGCCCUUGAAACCAGCUUAGGGAAGGAAAUGGCUCUCUGGGGAUUCAUAGAAUGUGAAGCAUGGGUUCCUACCUGAAGUCCACAGCAAAGAGACUCUGGUCUUGAUUCCCCAGCCUCAGAAACUCCAUUUAAAACUAGAAAUCCUUUCUAAGCUUAGAUCAGAGUUCUACUUGGAGCAGGGGAAGCUAGGCAGUAGUGGGAGGAGUCACAGGCUGGGCCACAGGAGGUGGGAGGUUCCAGGAAUGGGCUGAGUACCGGGCAGGGAAGGGUUAACCACAAAGCCAAUCUCAUAGAGGGAGAUCAAUGGGUUACUGCCCGUGAAAGAGAGAAUGAGGUAGCAACAGACGCAGACAGGCAGAAAUGAGCCUGGCAGAAGAGCAUGCCACCCCGGGGAAAUCAGGGUCUGAGGAGGAGGUGGCCAGUCCUUUCGGGAGCAGUAGCAAGUGCUCCCAUCCAACUCAGCAGACAGCUGAAGGCAGAGGAGAGGAGGGGCCCUGAAGACGAAGAAGGAGAAAUAGCAAGCAGAGACGCACCUGCAGGGAGGCACCAGGGGCAGCGGCUGAGGCGAGAGGAAGCUCCAGCCUGGCCAUUCUACCAGGAGGCAUGCAGGGCCCCAGUGCCUAGGGCUGAGGAAGAUGGCUGACAUCCAAAACAUUUCGCUGGACAGCCCUGGGAGCGUAGGGGCUGUGGCGGUACCUGUAGUCUUUGCCCUCAUCUUCCUGUUGGGGAUGGUGGGCAAUGGGCUGGUGUUGGCCGUGCUGCUGCAGCCUGGCCCAAGCGCCUGGCAGGAGCCAGGCAGUACCACAGAUCUCUUCAUUCUCAACCUGGCGGUGGCCGACCUCUGCUUCCUCCUGUGCUGUGUGCCCUUCCAGGCGGCCAUCUACACACUGGACGCCUGGCUCUUUGGGGCUUUCGUGUGCAAGACGGUGCAUCUGCUCAUCUACCUCACCAUGUACGCCAGCAGCUUCACCCUGGCCGCAGUCUCAGUGGACAGGUACCUGGCGGUGCGACACCCGCUGCGCUCGCGGGCCCUGCGCACCCCGCGCAACGCGCGCGCCGCCGUGGGGUUGGUGUGGCUGCUGGCGGCGCUCUUCUCCGCGCCCUAUCUCAGCUACUACGGCACGGUGCGCUACGGCGCGCUCGAGCUCUGCGUGCCCGCCUGGGAGGACGCGCGGCGGCGCGCACUGGACGUGGCCACCUUCGCCGCCGGCUACCUGCUGCCGGUGGCGGUGGUGAGCCUGGCCUACGGGCGCACGCUGCGCUUCCUGUGGGCCGCCGUGGGCCCCGCGGGCGCGGCGGCGGCGGAGGCGCGGCGGCGGGCGACGGGCCGCGCGGGCCGGGCCAUGCUGGCGGUGGCCGCGCUCUACGCGCUGUGCUGGGGCCCCCACCACGCGCUCAUCCUCUGCUUCUGGUACGGCCGCUUCGCCUUCAGCCCGGCCACCUACGCCUGUCGCCUGGCCUCGCACUGCCUCGCCUACGCCAACUCCUGCCUCAACCCGCUCGUCUACUCGCUCGCCUCUCGCCACUUCCGCGCGCGCUUCCGCCGCCUGUGGCCCUGCGGCCGGCGCCGCCACCGCCACCACCGCGCCCACCGAGCCCUCCGGCGUAUCCAGCCGGCGUCCUCGGGCCCCGCAGCUUAUCCCGGCGACGCCAGGCCUCGCGGUUGGACUCUGGAGCCCAGAGGGAAUGCCCUGCGCGGUGUAGAGACUGGACUAGCCCUGGCCGCCCGCGGACCGCAAUAAACCCUGCCUGCCUGGACUCUGGCUGGCCGUCAGUCUGUCCUCUUGCCUGGAUGGCAGGAUGCUACCGAGGAGCGAGGAGCGUCUAGAGCAUGGCAGCCUGGCCAGACUCCGCUGCUGGGCAGAGGCAGAGUUGCAGUGACACGUGGGUGGUUAAAAUUGGCCCACCCGUCUAGACACGGUCUCAAGGCAGGCAGCCUCAGCCUGGGCCUGUGUCCAGAGCCGGUUGGGCAGAACAGUCAGUUCACCUGCCUGCACCUUCCAGGCCCUGUUUCUUCUCCCACCUCGGACUGACUGGCUUCUUUGGUCCCAAGCUCUGACCUGACUUAUGUAACUUUGUUUUGGUUUGGUUUGGUUUGGUUUGAGAGUAAGAUAAUACACAGAGGCAGAGAUUGAUUCAAGUAGUCCAGGAUGGCCUAGAACUAGCUAUUGUGGCCAAGGAUGACCACAAUGAACUCCUGAUCCUCCUGCUUCUAUGACCCAAGUUAUGGGAUGAUGGAUGCCCCUGAUUCCUGGCUUGUUCAAGCAGGGAAUAGUAAGAGCUAUUUCCUUAGCUCUUACUGUGUACCUCAUAGAAUGCCAUAUUCUUUAAUUAUCAAGACAGCUUUGUAAGGUAGAAGCAAUUAACCUUUUAGAAAAUCAAGGGUAAAUAGGUCACCUAGAGAGUGUUUGGUAGAGGCUGGGUCCAAAUCCGUGGCUGUGGAACAUUUUUUUGCACCGUGCCCUUUCUUCUGUUCCUUGAGACUUCUUCUUUUUCCAUUGGUUUAUUUAUUUAUGGAAUAUGGAACACUUCACGAAUUUCCAUGUCAUCCCAGGGCAAGGGCCAUGCCAAUCUUCUCUGUAUAGUUCCGGUCUUAGUCUACGUGCUGCCAAAGUGAGCGCCCAUUGGUUUAUUUUUAUCGUGUGUGUGUGUGUGUGUGUCUGUGAUGUGGGAAGCCAAACGUUUGUGAAUGGUAGGCAAACGCUCUACUUCUGUUAUAUCCCCAGCCUGGGUUCGCUAUCCCUUUACUUCUGAUUUGCAGCUCUUGUGCUCCCCACAUCUUAUUCCAUUCCCUAGAAGCCCAGAGCCUCCCAGAAAACCUCCCUUCAGAGUUCUGCUUGGCUACUGAGGCCGUGCAGCCAGAGGGACUUCCUGUAGCCAUGUGAUCUUGGGUUAGCCCCCUAGCCCCGACACCCUGCAUCAUUCCCUGAGCUCUUUGGUGUUCCUGGCUCACAAAAGACCCUGAACCUCACUUGGGCCCCAGCUGGCCUCCUGUGGGCCUUGAUUGCCUUACCUUCCCCACCCUCCCCCACUUUUCCUCUGCACACAGCUGAGGAAGUCCCUGGCUGUCGAAAAGAUUAAUUAACCAAUAAAUCAGUCUUGUUGGGUCCCAAGCUGCCUGCUUCCACCCUGCCUUCUCACGUCAAUAAUGUUGAUUAGCUUUGGAGCUCAAGUGUGCAGCCUAUUGCCUCUCCUAACACACCUCCUGUCUGCUGGGUGGAGGCGCCCGGGGAAGGGCUCCCCCUGUCAGGAGGCAGCUGUUUGCUGGUCAUUACACCUGCCACGUGCUGCUGACCCCAAGCCAGGGCAGCAAGAGGAAGCUGACGUCAGCCAGGGAAGCAGCGGCUUUCAGCCAAGCCCCCACCCACGGCCUGGUGUCUUCUGCCACUAUUCUGCUCAGGUUCCAGGGUCUGUGAGAACGUUCCCUGGACAGAGGACUAUGCUGCUGCCUCUGGGUAGCAUCCGUGGUGGCUGACACCACUUCUGUGUCCCACCCAGCACUGGGAGGCAAGGGAUGGUGUUGCCAUCUUCGGAAGAGAAACCUUGGCUGUAGGGAGGCAGGUAACAUGACCAGACACAGACAGAAAUGAGUGCGGAUGGUAACAUCAUAAAGCAACUGUGGCCUAGCCUGGUCUACAAAGUGAGUCCAGGACAGCUACGGCUACACAGAGAAACCCUGAAUAAAAAAACAAACAAACAAACAAAAAGCAAACAAGUGUUUACCAACCUCUGAGAGUAGAAUGUAGAGUCCCUUCACUGGCAUAUCAUUCUGUAUAUAAAUAAGAAGACAAGCCUUGAAAACAGGUAAUGAUAUGUAUAUUGUAUACCUCUGUUUACAUAAAAUGCCAAGAAUCAACAAUUUUAUAAAGACAAAGCAGGGCUUGCUGUUUGCUUAGGUCUGGGGGUGGUGGAGAGAGGGGGACGGAGUGCUGACGGAUACUGAGUUUCUUCCAGGGUUGAUGGAAAGUUCUCAGAUUAGAUCCCUAGGGCUGCAUACAGUUUAGUUGGUCAAGUGCUCGCCCUGGGUUCAGCCAAGCUGUGAGGUCACUCCCCAGAGGGCAGUAGCCCACAAGGGCUACUGUGAUGUAAUCUCACCACUUGGAAACUGGAUGCAGGAGAACCAGAAGUUCAAGAUCAGUGGGCCAGAUGUGAUGGUACACUCAGGCCAGAUAUGGCAAAUGCCUUUAACCCUAGCAAACGGGAGGCAGAGGCAGCAGGGUCUCUGUGAUUUUGAGGCAGGCUUGGUCUAUGCAGUGAGUUGCAGGCCAGAUAGGGGGUAGGGACAACCUGCCUCAAAAAAACCAAACCAAACCAUCCUUGCCUGUGUAGCAAG